AUGGUCCCCGAAGUUCAGUCGUUGCGGUACAGCUGCGUAUCAACAAACGGGCGUUCUCCUAUCUUUCUUUGGUCAUUAACAUCCUAUUUUCAACUUCUCGGUUCGCAAUUUUGUUUUCUAUUUUUAGGCCGAUGUAUCGAAGGGCAGCUUCUGGGGAAGUCGAUGAGAUUGGAGGCGAAGAGGCCAGUCUCUUGGUACAGUGAAACCGACAUUUGCCGUUUUUGGCAAUGGAGGCUAUCUGUGAAGUCUGCUUUUCGGCACAGGGGUUUGGAUGGCGGUGGCAGCAGGCUUGAUGCUACGCUUGGAAUUGGCUAUCACACUAUCAACAAGACAAUCAUCAUGAGUGAAAUGGCCCACGGUCAAGAGUUGUGUCAGGAGGAGACCGCUACUAUGGCUUAA